AUGGUGGUGGAAGAUGAUCGUUCGAAGGAUAUGUGUCCUAUCUGUAAGACAGAUAAGUACUUAUCACCCAAUAUGAAUUUUCUCAUCAACCCAGAAUGCUAUCACAAAAUAUGUGAAUCAUGUGUGGACAGGAUAUUCUCUCUCGGGCCAGCACCUUGUCCGUACCCUAAGUGUGGUAAAAUAUUAAGGAAGAAUAAGUUCAAAAAGCAGAUUUUCGAUGACUUGGGUAUAGAGAAAGAAAUUGAUAUACGGAAAAGAGUAAGUGGUAUAUAUAAUAAAACUGAAGAAGAUUUCGAUGAUUUGAAGGAUUAUAACAAAUAUUUGGAAUCUGUCGAAAAUAUAAUAUUUAAUCUUAAUAAUGGAAUUGAUAUUGAAGAAACGGAGUCCAAUUUGGUUAAAUAUGAAAAUGAACAUAAGAUUGAAAUAUUGGAAAAAAAUAUGAGAGAGAGUCAAAAGAAUUCAGAUUUGGCCAAAUAUCAAGAAGCCAUGGCUCGUUUGAAACAAGAAAAGGUCAAGAUUCAGAAGCAGAUGGAAAUUGAAGAUUUGGAAUUUCAGAAACAACAGAAACAGGAAUUAUUAGACAAGUUAUCGACUGCACAAUCCGCCAAUUCGGAAGAAUUAAUUACCCAGUCUAAUAAUAAUAUUCUCAAAAGAUCUUCUUUACGGAAGAGACAAUUACAGCAAUUGACUUCCCAAUUAGAUCAACAAUUUCAAAGUUCGAAUCCGUUCUCUAAACAAGCUAAAGCUAUAGAAGAUGAAGAUAAUAGAACACCAUUCACGCCAUUUAAAGGUGACCGUGAGUUGCAUAAAAACUAUACAUUUUUGCCUGAUAUCCAUAAGAACGAUGCAAUGGACGUGGAUGAAGACGCUGGAUUAAAUACUUAUCAUGCUCCUUAUUUGAGCAAGCUUGCGAAAGAUAAACAGUAUUUAGGUGCUGGAUGGAGACUAAAUAAUGCAUUUGAGAGAGCAUUAGAUGAAGCAUUCACAGGUUUAUGCUGUUUCAUUGAUAAAGAGAAGACCUAA